CGGGAGAGUAGAGGGGGGGGGGUGUGCCAGAGCAGGUAAAGGUGUCUGUGUUCGUGUUGCUUAUGAAUGUGGGGGAGACAGGAAGAGGCGACGGCGUGAAGAAGAGACGGAGAGGGGGUCGAAGGAGGACAAAGAAGGACCCGGCCGAGAGGAGGAAGAGCUGGAAAGAAAGAAGGAACGCGAGAAGAGGGAAGGAUGUCGGAGAGGAUGGCUUCGUGUGGGAGCCUGUAUGACAGCACCAACCUGCUGCUACAGUACUGCAACAACGAUGACACGGUGUCGGCUGGCAGUAACAUGGACAUGGAGGACCGGGUUUCCCACCUGGAGCAGAAGCUGCAGCUGCAGGAGGAUGAGAUCCAGCUGUUGAAGGCAGCCCUGGCUGAUGCCCUGCGCCGUCUGGGUUGCUGUGAGGAGCAGAGCCUGGGGAUGCAACCUGGAGGCGUCCAUGCUGCUGGGAGGAGAUCUCUGGCUACCUCAGCUUCAGCAACACCUAGCAAGGGUAAGAAAGUGCGUCAGCUCCUGCAGGCUCUUCCCUCCAGACCUCUGAGUAAUGGCUACGUUCAACAGAAACGCCUCCUCUCCUCCCCUUCCUCUCCUAAGAAGGAGGUGCUACAGUCCAUUAAGAGGAAGAGUAUGUCCACAGAGCGCCUCACCAUGGUGAGGAGAGACAUGGGAGCGGAGAGUCGGAGUCGAACCACCUCCUCCAGCAGCUCCUCCGGAGGCAAAGGCAAAUCCAAAGAAUGCACCCUCAAUUCAGAACUUAACACGAAGCAAGAUAACAGAAGAUGGAAGUCAGAGGACGGCUACGUGAGGAUGUUCCUCCGAGGUCGUCCGGUCACCAUGCAGAUCCCCGAUAAGCAGAGGGAGAAAUACAGCCUCGACCACAAGGUGGCACUACCUGACCGCAAGCUCAAACUGCAGUGGGUGUACGGCUACCGCGGACGUGACUGCCGCUCCAACCUCUACCUGCUGCCCACGGGAGAGAUCGUCUACUUCAACGCCUCUGUGGUGGUGCUGUACAACACCGAGGAGCAGCAGCAGAGACACUACAUGGGCCACAACGACGAUGUCAAAUGCCUGAGUGUGCAUCCUGACAUGGUUACCGUAGCAACGGGGCAAGUGGCUGGAAACUCUAAGGAUGGAAAGCUGCUGGCUCCUCACGUUCGUGUUUGGGACUCUGUGAGCCUCAACACGCUUCAUGUGAUCGGGAUGGGAGUGUUCGACAGAGCGGUCACCUGUGUGGCUUUCUCCAAGUCGAACGGCGGCACCUUCCUCUGCGCUGUGGACGAUGCCAACGAUCACAUCCUGUCGGUCUGGAACUGGCAGAAGGAAAAGCAACUGGCUGAAGUCAAGUGCUCCAAUGACUCUGUACUGGGCUCUGUGUUUCAUCCCAUGGAUGCCAACCUGAUUGUCACCUGUGGAAAAUCUCACAUCAACUUCUGGACCAUGGAAGGCAACACUCUCACCAAGAAACAGGGCCUGUUCGAGAAACAUGAGAAGCCAAAGUAUGUGUUGUGUGUGGCAUUUGCCGAGAAUGGAGACGCCAUCACAGGAGACUCCAGUGGAAACCUCUACGUCUGGGCCAAAGGUGGUAGCCGCAUCAGCCAGGUGGUGUCGGGUGCCCACGAGGGCGGGAUUUUCUCGGUUUGUGUCCUGAAGGACGGCACCAUGGUGUCUGGAGGAGGGAAGGACCGCAAGGUGGUGCUGUGGGACCACGACUACAGAAAGAAGGCAGAGAUGGAGGUGGGCGAGAUGCUCGGCCCUGUACGGGCUCUGGCCGAAGGUAAACCUGGAGAGCUCUUUGUAGGAACCACCAAGAAUGCCAUCAUCAGAGCUGCCUUCCCUGAUACAUUAACUCCUAUUGUACAGGGUCACACAGAUGAACUGUGGGGUCUGGACACCCAUCCCUCCAUGGAGCAGUUUGUCACCUGCGCCCAGGACAAACUGGUUCACCUCUGGGACACUAACUCCCAUCAGCCCCUCUGGAGCAAGAACAUCGAGGAUCCAGGGAGGUGUGCAGGUUUCCAUCCCAGCGGGGCUGUUCUGGCUGUGGGGACCAUGACUGGAAGGUGGUUGGUGCUGGACACUGACACCCGGGAUCUGGUUUCUAUGCACACAGACGGCAACGAGAUCAUUUCCGACGUCAAGUACUCUCCAGAUGGUAACUUCUUGGCUGUUGCUUCCCAUGACAACUUUGUUUACAUCUAUGCUGUGACGGAGAAUGGCCGAAAGUACAGCCGUGUGGGGAAAUGCACUGGCCAUUCCAGCUUUGUCACCCAUCUGGACUGGUCGGUAGACAGCCAGUACCUCGUCACCAACUCAGGAGACUACGAAAUCCUCUUCUGGGAGGCAUCCAGUGGUAAACAUGUAACCAACAUGGACAGAGUACGCAACCAGGAGUGGGCCACUUCUACCUGCACUCUGAGCUUCACAACCUUUGGAAUUUGGCCAGAUGGAGCAGACGGCACAGACAUCAACGCCGUGUGCAGGUCACAUGACGGAUCCCUAUUGGCCUCUGCUGAUGACUUUGGCAAAGUGCACUUGUUCUCGUUCCCCUGCUCUCAACCAAGGGCUCCGAGCCACGAGUACGGUGGCCACAGCAGUCACGUGACCAACGUUGCCUUCCUGCACGACAACAGUCACCUGAUCUCCACCGGUGGGAAAGACACCAGCAUCCUGCAGUGGGUGGUCUAGGCAAUGCGACCCACCCACAUCUCUAAUCACCCUCAUGGGGACCAGCAUCCUAUCUGACCCCUGCCACCUCUUCACUGUUUUACCCUCAUGCCACCAGGGGGGCAGUAUCUCCACUGUGCUUACUGGAAAUAAUAAUAAAUAAAUAAAUAAAUAAAAACACACCCACACAACUUAUCCACAUACUGUAUGUCACACCAGAUGAGAUCAUGAGUAUCAUUGUACUAAAUUGAAUAUUAUUUAGUGUCCUUCUGUUGGUAAUAGAAUGUAGAGAAAAUGACUUGUUGCCAUGCAGGAAGUGAAUGCUAACUGUCCCCCCCCCUCCCCUCAAAAAAAAGAAAAGAAAAUCAACUACUGCAACACCAACCCAGCUGUGAUUUAGCAUUAGUACUAACUGUGCCUAAACUGUAUUUACCUUAUCCCUAUUGAUUAGGAAAUCCACCUACUUUAAAGAACAAGUGUGUUUGCAAGUUUUAGCAUCUUAAAAUCAUGUACACUUUACAUUGGUGUUGACCAUUUUUGGAUGUAUGCUACACAGUUAUGUUAUAUGUUAGGGUAUUUUUCCUACUCUUCCAAGCAGUUAUUAAUUAACAAAGAAUGAAAAUCAGUUAGCAGGCUCCUGAAAUUCUCUUCAGGUGGCUGGAUUGUUGGCAUCACUUACCAACGGGAAUGUAAGCUAGACGGAACAAAAUGCAGAAUCAAUGUUCACUUUAAAUUAAAUAACUUUAGAUUGCUAAAAUUAAAAGAUUUUCAUGUCAUACUGAAUGUAAGGAAACCAAUGGAUUACGUAGAACUAAGAAAAAAAAAUCGAAAAGAGCUUGGUUUGCAAAAAAGUGAGCUGGGAUGUAAAGUGUACAUUAUUUGAAAUAACAGGGUUAAAACACCUUUCAGAGUUUGUGUAAUUUCAGCUCCCCAGGUGAGCAAAAUAGAUUUUUGUGAACAUGCACCGCUCUUUCCUGAAGCCACGAAUCGCAGAGAUACAAAUUUCAGACUUGCAGAGAUGUAGUGAAACAGAAUGUAACCUCGCUGAGGUAUGAUAUUCUGAAGUCAUUGUGCCUGUCCAUAGGUUUAUGAAAGAGUGAUGCAUGUUGGAAAGAGCUAACUCACCUGUCCAGGGGCAAAGGAAGACCGUAUUAGAAUUCCUAAAAUUGUUGGUAUUCCCCUUUUAAAUGUCUUACUAUAACCCCAUUGCCUUUUCCAUCCCUAAAUCUGAUUUCCAAACUCUUAAGGUGCAGAUUGUAUUACAGAUUGCUGUUGGAGAUUCUUAGUGGCUGUUUUGUCCCAAGCCUCUCAUUUCUCCCCCCACCAUUUCUGAUUGUACUACUGCUGUAACUCACUAGAUGGCGCUGCAAUGCAAGAGAAUGAGCAUGACUGAGGCUGUCCAUCUGUAGAUGCUGUUAAUGUCGCAAAGGUCUAUAGAGUAAAUUUAUAUAUGUUAUGCAGUAUAUCCGAGUGGCUGUGUUCUUUUAAUAUCUAAAUGUAAUAAUGAUGGAUGUUAUUAUUCUUGUGGCACUUGUAGCGAUUGACAGAAGGGUAAUGUAGGCUACUGUGCUGUGGAAGUGAGCUUGAGCUGUGCUUUGCCUUCUGUUUUGUUGAUAAAGUUUUUACCCAAGUA